AUGCUGUUGCUGCAGAGGUAUGGGGCGACGCCCGAAAAGAUCGCCUUCUGCGACCGCAUCUACCGCGCCAGCGGCAUCGCCGACCGCGCCUGCCUGCCGCCAUGGCUGCAGCCGGUGCCCGGCAGCCGGCCCAUGACCGACCUGGUCCACUCCAACCGGGAGGCGCGCAUGGUGCAGGGCCAGUGCGUUGCGGAGCUGCUGCGCAAGACAGGCCUGGAACCCCGCCAAAUCGACAUCCUCGUCACGAACUGCAGCAUCUACUGCCCCACGCCCUCCAUGGCCGCCAUGCUGGUCAACACCUUUGGCAUGCGGGAUGACAUCCAGGCAUACCACUUGGGCGGCAUGGGGUGCUCCAUGGGAGUCGUGGGGAUCAACCUGGUCAGGGACCUGCUCGCGGCCCACCCCAACAAGAUCGCGCUGUUUGUUUCCAACGAGGUCGUCACGGCGGGCUUUUACCUGGGGGACCGGAAGGAGGCGCUCAUCACCAACAGCCUCUUCCGCAUGGGCGGGUCGGCCGCCAUCCUCACCAACAAGCCCAGCUGGCGGCUGCGCGCCAAGUACCGGCUGGAGCACGCCAACCGCGUCCACACGGGCCGCUACCCGCGCUCUUUUGGCGCCCUCAACUGGGAGCCUGACGAGCAGGGCGUCAACGGCAUGGUGAUCACCAAGGACCUGCCCAGCGAGGCGGCGCUGGCGCUGCACAAGGCCAUCAGUCGGGUGGCGCCGCGCAUAAUGCCGUGGCGGCAAUACGCGGAGGCCGCGCUGCACUACGGCAGGGGCCUGCUGGCGGCCGCCAUGGGCGGGCCGCGCCCGCCUCAGUGGCAGCCGGACUUCACGCGGUGUGCCGACAAGUUCCUCAUCCACGCGGGCGGCUACGCGAUCCUGCAGGCCGUGAAGAAGGGGCUCAGGCUGCCGGCGGACAAGAUGAUGCCGUCUUUUGUAAGCCUGAGGGACUACGGCAACACCAGCAGCUCGUCCACCUGGUACACCUGGGCCUACAUCGAGUCUUGCGAGGGCAUGAAGGCCGGGGACCGAGUCAUGCAGGUCGGCGUCGGCGGCGGGAUGAAGGCGGGCGUCGCGGUCUGGCGGGCGCUGCGCUCCUUCGGCGACGCCCACCCGGCCUGGGACCACCUUGGGGGCCGCCCCCAGGCCGAGAGCGACCUGCCGCGGCCCAUCACGGUCGCGUACAAGUCUGUGUACGACAAAGCUGCCGCCGAGAAGGCGCGCGCGGCGCUGGAGGGGCGGGCGGCGGGGGGCGCGGGGGUUGAGGCGCCACGGAACGAGGGCGGGGGCGGGGCCGAUGGCAGCGGCGGCGGCGGCGAGAGGGGGCGCGUCAGCUUUGAUCCGGCGACGGAGCCAAGAACCCUGGACGUGCGCAGCUGGGAGACGAUUGGGCAGUAUGACUUGAAAGAGUGGUAUAUGGCGCCCCCUGGCCAGCCGCUGGCCAGUGAGGCGGCAGUGGGUGUCGGCAACGACAUUGCAAGGGCGACCAGCAGCGGGGACGGCAUGGCGGCGCCGGGGGCGGCGGGAGGGGUGGCAGCUGGGCCGGCGGUCAAGCCGCAGGGGAUGGGGGCCGUGAAGGCAACUCAUGGUGGCGCAGCGAGCGCAACUGCGCCGCGCAAUGCGACUGGCGGCGCCGCUGCUCGUGAGGGCAUCAGCGGGAGGAGGCCGCGUUUCUCCGUCGCGUCUUACAACAUCUUGGCAGACAAGUACGCUACGCAGUACCGCCACUUUUUGUAUGCAGAGGUGCCCCACGCCCACCUGGCGUGGCACCACCGCUGCCGCGCCAUCGUGCGGGAGAUGGAGGAGCUCAGGCCGGACGUGAUCUGCAUGCAGGAGGUCGACCAAUACCAUGACCUGAAGCGCGAGCUGGAGCCGCUGGGGUACGACUCGGCAUUCGUGCAGCGCAGCGGCGGCCGCCGCGACGGCUGCGCCACGUUCUGGCGCGCCGCGCGGCUGCACGCCACGCACGUGCGAAGGCUGCGUUUCCACGAGUACGACCUUUCAGACAAUGUGGCCCUGCUGGUGGCGCUGCAGCCGCUGCAUCUGGAUCGUGGGGGCGACGGGCCGGGCAGCGGCGGCUGGGAGGCACCGCGGGCAGAAGUGGCUGACGCGGGGGCGGCGGCCGCGGCGACGCGCGGCCCGGCGGACGGGGCGCGGGCAGCGACCUGGCAGCAGCAGCGCGGGCCGCGGCCGGACGGGACCGCGGGCGCACCGGCGAUCACGCACACGCAACUAAACGGUGGCGGCGCCGUUGCUGGCGGUGGCAGAGAGGGCGCGGCGGACGCAGAUCGUGCCGGUUUCGAGGCGCCCCGCGCCGUGGACGGCAGCGAUGACGUCGGCCUGCUCAUAGCCAACACCCAUAUCAUGUUUUCGCCUGAGCGUGGGGAGAUCAAGCUGGGGCAGGUGCGCACCCUGGUGCAGGCAGCAGCAGACAUGGCGAAGACGCUUUCGUCAGAGCAGCAGCAGCAGCAGGAGCAGCAGGAGGAGCGGCAGCAGCGCCGAGCCUCAUUCGAGGCCCGGGCGCUCACCAACAGCAGCGGCGGCGCCAACGGCCCUGCGGCCGCCGUGCGGCGGCAGGCGGCGCAGGGGCGGCCGCGGCGGCACGGGCUGAUACUCUGCGGCGACUUCAACGCACUGCCGGGGUCCCCUGUGUACGAUUUUGUGAUAAGAGGGCAGCUGGACCUGUCGCGCAUCAGCCGCCGCAACGUCACUGGGUGCCUCAAGGGCUCCAAGGGCUACAAAACCGCCCAGCAGCAGCUGCGGCGGCGGGGCUCGGGGGCGGUGCUGGGCGCCGAUGGGCAGCAGCAGCGGCAGGAACAGCAGCAGGAGCAGCAGGAGCAACACGACGGGGAGCAGGAGCAGCAGCAGCGGCAAGGCGGCGGGAAGGAGCAGGCGCGGGACGCGGUCGCCGUGGCGGCCUCGGCGGCGGGGGCGGCCGCACUCGCGGCCAACGGCAGCGGCGACGCGCCGGCCGCGACCUGGGCUGUCGCCGCCGCGGCCGCCGCGCCCCCGCGGGCCCGCGAGCCCUCAAAAACGUCGCAGCUCCUCGGCCGCGCCGCCAGCGCCGUGGCCGGAGCCGCGGGCGCACUAUUGGAGCGCAUGGGCAGCGCGGGCGGCGGCGGCUCAGUCGGCGGCUUCUCGCUGGCUUCCUCCGAGUGGCUGGACGGCAUCGCUUUCGGCGCCGCCACCGGCGCGCAGGUGCACCGCUGGAGCGAGAAGGAGCUGCGGCGCGCGGCAGGCCCAGCGAUUGUGCAGGUGGCUAGGCAGCGGCGGUCAAUGGAGAAAGAGCGGGAUUACCAGCAGCUCGGCGGCGGCGGCGGUCCGCCGCGCGGCCGGGCCGACCCCUGGGCGGGCGCCGGCGGCGCGCCCGCGACGGCCGGCGAAGCGGGGGCGCUGGGGGCGGCGGCGACGGCGGCGGCAGCAGCUGUGGCCGCUGUUGCGGCCGUCGGAGCGGACGGCGAGGCGCAGGCAGAGGCGUCUGGGGACUCGUUCGCGAGGCAGCAGCUGCAGCCGCUGACGAUGCGGCACCCCCUGAAGCUGCGGAGCAGCUACCUGGACGUGCUGGGCCGUGAGCCCGAGUUCACUUCUAGCCACCUGAAAUUUCACGACACCUGUGACUUCAUUUGGUACUCGGAGCACCUGCUGGGUGGCCCCCAACAGCAGCAGCAGCAGCAGCAGCAGCAGCAGCAGGCUGCCGCCGCUGCGUCCUCGAGCGACAGCGACUGCGAGGGUGGCCCCGGCGCGGGCCCCUGCCUGCGCCCCGUGGCCGUGCUGCUGCCGCCCGACGGCCGUCUGCUGCCGCGCGGCCUGCCCUCGCAGCAUUUUGGGAGCGACCACCUGUGCAUCAUGAGCGUUUUCGAGCUGGCGCAGGGCGGCGCCGCGGAGGGCCGCGACGGGGACACGGGGGGCGGCUGCUAG